GUUCGAGACAGCGGCGGAAAAAGUAAUCAAAGACUAUGGGAAAACCACAACAGUACGAAUAGAUGGCACGUCGGGAGCAUCCAAGACAUCAAAAGGGACAUGACCACCAUACAAGCAGCCAUCAACGACAUCCGCAAUAGCAAGGAAUCAAUGUCUCCUAGUAACAACUCAACGAACACCCAGCCUCACCAACUCUCAUAUGCUGAGGCCACCGGCAGACUACAAGGCCCAAGAAUGGAUCCCAAGCAUGCCGACACCAUCGCGAAGGCCAGAAUUGCAAACCGGCGUGUCAUAAUCAAACCGACAAGUGAUGUAGCGAGGAACAGGAUGAAGGAGACAACAGAGAAGGAGAUGGUGGAACGGAUGAAUGAAGCAUUACUCACAGCAUCUGCAGGAGAAACUGGAACACCAAUCUGUAUACCAGAAGAGUACAAGGUGGUGGGAGCACAGAAGCUGGUGAACGGCGGCAUUGCAUAUACCUUCAACACCGACAAAGCGGCAGCAUGGCUACGUGAACCCAACACCAUCAAAGCUGUUCAACAGGCAGCUGGACUGGAGACAGUGGCCAGCCUACAGCUGCACAACAUGAUUGUGCCAUUUGCACCAACAACAAUUGAUAUCGGGGACACAGUGACUUGGCAAAGCAUCAAAGAAAGUUCGGGACUCAAGGCAGGCACUAAUCGAGGCAUAAGAUUUCUUAAGCCAGCAGAGCAUCAUCACGAAGGGCAGAGGGAAGCCCACAUCAUGAUAGGGUUUGAUUCACGAGAACAAGCCAACAUAGCCAUCCGUGGGGGCAUCUUCAUCGAAGGGAAGGAACUCCAAGCUAGGAAGGAAUUACCAGAUGCAACCAGGUGCGUGAACUGCUCUAUGUUACCGUGCAAUCAUGAUGCACGAGACUGCCCAAACACAACAAAAUGUGGGCAAUGUGCUGGAGGACAUGCUACCAAAGACUGUACAGUCUCUGACUGCAAAAAGUUUCAUUGUGUUAACUGCAAAGUGAAUGGCCAUGGGGCCAUAGACCGGAUUAACUGCCCAUCUUUCAUUAGAGCCACAGACCUAAUACGAAGCCGGUACCCUGAGUCAUGAUACAGAUACUUCGUGACUGAGAACCCAUGCACAUGGGCUUCCAAUGAUGUACAACAGCGCACUGAGGACUCCAGGCCGCAAAAGAAUGUAACAAAGAGCAUGGGGAAGCCAAACACGCAGAGUGGGGCCACAACCACAUCUCUUGGCAGUGUCAUGGUCUCAUCUCAUCCAACUAGGGAUCGACGAAACGGCAGUAGCACAAAACAAGCCCAAAGCAAAAGGUAUAACCCUAACCAGACACCACUAGAGAGUAACAGAUACCAGCAAGCAUCCCUUCAUCAAUACAUGAUGGCGAGUCAGCAAACAACCAGUAGAGCCCCAUUGCAAGCAAGAUCCUAUGCAAGCG